GUGAAGCACAUCCAGCACUGGUGCGACACUGGUGGUCAAGCAGCUUCCAUGCUGCGCCGAGUUGCGAGCCGGCUCGAACACACCUGGCCUGGGCUCAAAGCAGACGUCUUAAAGGACGAGCCUGGUGAAAGCCUGCUCGUGCGAUGUCUGGGGCAAGUCAGACAACAGGCUUGCAACGAGGGCAGGCAGAGCAUCUCCUUGCAGGACUUGGACAGGGCCGUCUCCGUCGAUGGCAGUCGUGCAAGGCAGUACUUGGCAAAGAACGGGUACUGCAUUGGGAAGCUUGCAUGGCAGAGUUUGCGCGCAGCACAUCUCAGAGAGCAGCAGGGCGAGCAAGUUCCCGAACGCAGAAAAAGAGGCCGGCCGUCGAAAAUGACGGAGGAUGUCCUCGCCGUGGCCAAAGAAGCACUCGAUGAGCAUGCCAAGCCAGCAAGCAUGCCAGCACAUGUUACACGUCAUGCCGAUGGCUACUGCGGACCCCCUAAGUCCAGAGGAUCGCGUGAACAUAUGGAGGUGGUGUUAGGUCAGUCUUUGUUGGCCAGACCGACACAGAUCUACAACGAACACCCGCAGCUACAGGCCAGAAUUAGCCUGUCCACAUUCCGGAAAGUCAUGAAGGAGAAGUUUGCAGAGUAUCGUCAGGGCCACCGAGACACCGACGUAUGCAGUCAUUGCAUGACUUUCGCGCAGCAGUGUGUCCCCAACUUUCAUCGCGACUGGGCCAAAAUACAAUCAGACCUUGAAGCAGCGUACCCUGGGUAUUUCAGCAAAUUCCCACGAAACAAGCAGUUCGCGGAUGCGGCCGAGGAGGCUGACACCGCUCUGAAAUACAUCGCAACGCACCAAGAGAAGUUCAGGGAUGAGCGGGCACGGAGUGGAAAAGACCUGCUCCAGCUCGCCUCCUUCAUCGAGGCACCCGCGGAGGCAACCUUGCGGGGACAUCGCGCCUUGCUCCGGGCCUACAUGUGGCACAAGCUUUCAGCCCGACGCCAGCAUGCAUCGCUCGAAAGUUUAAUGACAGCGAGUGGACUUCCGCUUGAAGAUUGCUUGAUAAUCGCAGACUAUCGGGAGAAAUUGAGGCUCCCUUUCGCACCAAUCGAAAGUGGUGCAAUGUGGCACGCGCAACAGAAAUGGGCCAUUACAUGUUUAGGGCUUGUCCUGAUCAGGCAUUCUGCCAAGUCAACUGCUGCGAACCCUUGCUUGGAGCGGGUCUAUGCUAUGUACUUGACAGAGGUGAGGGAGCAAGUGGCUGAGACAUCCAACAAGCUUUUGUCGGAGUUCAUGGCUGAAUGCAACGUCAGCAGACAAGGCGCCAUCCACAUUUUCACAGAUUGCGGACCCCAUUUCAGAGCCAGUGAGUGUCUACAUCACAUGAUGUACGAGGUGUCGGCAGCAAGACGACAAACAGUGAAUCUUUCCUUCCUGGCGGAGCAGCACGGCAAAUCCAUCAUCGACUCCCUCUUUGGCGUCACGGGCCUCAAGGGGGGCUGGCUGGGCGACUGGGCUCGCACAAAACCCGUUUACUCAGUGUCCGACUUGGAGCGGGCGCUUCAGUGGGGAGCCGCCCGAGCGGUCAAAGCCGACCCGGCAGGGCCUAGGUGGAUCUGCAGGACUGUCAACCUCGGCACCCAUCGCGGCCAGAUCGCGCACUUCGUGCAGUCAGCAGAGAUGAAGCUGACCAGGACGUAUUGCCUGACGAUCAAGCCGCCGGCGACAGGGCGACAGAACCCGAUUCUUUACAACCGGGUCUUCACGGACAAUGCUCGCCUGGGCGAAAGCUUGUCCUACGUCGUCUCCACCGAGGACCGCAGCGACACCAGAUGGAAGCUGUCCUACUUCGCUGGCGAGCGCAACUGGGAUUCUAAUGCUCCUGAACCAGGCGAUGAGACCACGCUCACCAGGAAGUACGAUGACCAGCAUGCUUUCGUGCCGCCGAGACCCAUCAAGGCUCUUCGGACCUUCGAAGAGAGAGUCGCUGCAAAGAUGCGACGAGCCCAGAAAGGGCGCAUGCGCGAGGCCCGCAAGAGAGCUGCUGCCCAAGGCAGCAGCUCUUCCUCCAGCAGUAGCAGCAGCAGCAGCAGCAGCGGUGGUGCCUGA